UUCGAAAUGAAAACAACUACUUUUGUUUAAAAUUUCACAAAAAUUUAAAUUAGAUACAAACACAGAAUAUCUCGAAUGCACUUUAAUACAUUGAAUUGGCCGCCAUGAAAUUGCAGUGGCAGGCCUUUGAGACCAUGAUCGCUAUUUUGACCACAUUUUUGGGCAUUAUAUACGCUCGCAUUGUAACUGGUCAAUUUGCACAUCGACUUAGUCGUAUCACAUGCUACCUGGUGGAGUUCACGUUGAUCGUUGUGCCGUCCAUUCUCUUUACAACAGUGGCGAAUUCGUAUAUUAAUCAUUUUGUUGCACUUAAGAGUCUAUUUUUAUUGAUAUAUAUUUAUCGUACGCGCGCUUUUUGUCGUGCCAGAGCUCGAAGUGAGUUCAAUUUGGGCAGUCGGCCAUUGGCUAUGACCAUAGUGCGUGCGCUGACUCACUUGAUCACAGCAGUUUGUAUAGUUGCCAUCGACUUUAGCUGCUUUCAUAGGCCAUAUAGGAAGAGUCGUCGCUAUGGUGCCGCUCUAAUGGACAGCGGAAUCGGACUUUUUGUAUUUACCAUGGGCCUGGUCUCACGGCGAUCUUGCAACUGGGCCGACAUACGUCGCUGUGCCAAGUAUUCAACUUUUCCGCUUAUAGGGCUGGGAUUUGCUCGGAUUGGUUUUAAUUAUGUGCUUAAAUUUCAACAGGAUGAGCAUGAGUACGGCACACACAUGAAUGCGUUCUUUACACUAGGCAUUACCAAGCUCUUCGGCAGCCUGCUCAGCUUCAUAACGCGUAACGAUGCCCAACUCCUUCCCAUGGCAUUCGGCCUCUUGUUGACCCAUCAGUAUUGUCUAUCCUUUGGCCCACUUUCGGGAAUUGUUAUGGAGGAUUAUUUUCCGCGGACUUCUCUGCUAGCUGCCAAUCGUGAAGGUAUUUUUUCGUUGCCAGGAUAUUUUGCCAUUUACUUGCUGUCUAUGUGCCUCAGCCAAUGGCUCCAGGCCGACACAUUGCUUAGCUAUCAAGAAAUGAAACGCAAGUUGCGUCAGAUGUUUCUCUUAUCUUUGACCUGUUGGCUACUGAUGGCAGCCGCCAAUAGAGUUGUGGGCGUCUCUCGGGUCACCUGCAAUUUGGGCUACGUUAUUUGGAUGUUCGCCAUUUCCAUAACCAUGAUCAGCCUUACCAUAUUCAUAUUUGACUUUGUCAUCGACAGCGUUAUGACCGAUCCAAUAAUUGGCACAGAUAAGUACUUAAAUAAGUUGGAGGGCACGAAAGGCAUUCCAACAUUUACUAUCUGCGAAGCAUUGAAUAUGAACGGCCUUACGUUCUUUCUUCUUGCCAAUUCAUUAUUGGGUGGAAUUAAAUACUAUUUAAGGCCAAAGGACCGAAAUGACUAUGAGUCUGUGGGAAUCAUAUUUAUUUACAUGCUGCUCUCAACUGUUGCAAUAUGCCAAUUGCACAGGAAAGGCAUUCGGCUAGCCUAAAACAAUUAGUGGAU